GCCCCAGACUCCAGUCUUGGUAAUUUUCAAAUUUCUCCCCUUAUGCUAUUUGCGUGCUGCUACAUAGUAAAGAACAACUAUUCUGAGUGAACCGGUGACCGUCAACCAUUCCCGUCCCACUGCUCGUCAUCUACCCCAUCAACUAUGUCUUUCGCAUCAUCGUGCAACUUGAACCACCUCCCAGACCCAAACCGCGAAGGAGUAGAUGUUGUGGAGUUGAUGGAAAGAUGAGAAAAUGAGUCUGCAGCGCCUGCAGUUCGAACAGUACAUUUUCUACAGUAUCAUAAUGUUCAAAUUUACCUCAGAUGCUCAUCUUAGCUGUGAGCUGUCCAAUCACGAGGACUGUCACUUUAUGGACCCCAACUCUCUCUGGACGUUGAGUCAACAAAAAAAGUCCGACCCAUGGUGCUCUGUUUACUCCAACCCAGAUACCUCGUACACUCAUAUCAUGACCUCCUUCCACUCAACAUCGCCUCUAUCUGUUUCUCGAUCAGCAGUGUCCUACAAUUUACAAAUUGUUCAAUCAACACCAAUGGCCAAGUGGAAACACUCACUAGUGUGUCACUACGUGCAAAUCGGCUUGCAAGGGUUGGAUAUCCUAGGUGAUGCAUAUACCCCCAGCACAAAGAGCGAAUUUAUCGCAGCAGUCACUAACGGCUUCGCAAGGCUGGUCACGUUGGCUACAGAUUGGCCCCCUUACUGCGACACACAUUGUAGAUGACGUCAAUGCAACGAUAAAUGUGAGGAAGAAGAAACGCAUUGUUCGUUUGAGGGGAUAUGAUCUGCUGAGGGCUUGAAUAAUGUCUUUGAGGUGGAUGGACGCUGAUGAUGGUAGGGAUUUUAUAUUAUCACGAAAACGUUUAGCGAAAUGGUUGUGAUGCACUCGUGGUGCGGCUGUGACGAGGCAAAAUGCCACGUCGAGCCAGAUCAAUCGAUGAUUUAUCUGUUGCAAUACCGGACGUUGAUGG